CCCAAGGCCCCCCAGACUGCCCGAGCCCCCGACCCCCAUGGCCCCAGGCCCCGCCGGAGCCCACCCCUCCGCAGACCCCAGAGCUGACCCUGCCCGCGGGCUCACGCGGCCCUCUCGCCCCUCGCAGAUGCUGCCCCUGCUGCUGCUGGCACUGCCCCUCCUGGCUGGUGGGGUCCCCGUGUCCCCUGCCCCCCGCCAGGACCCGGAGCGUGUGGGCAUCGUGGGGGGGCAGGAGGCCCCCAGUAGCAAGUGGCCGUGGCAGGUGAGCCUGCGCUUUCACGACGGCUACUGGAGGCACCACUGCGGGGGCUCCCUCAUCCACCCCCAGUGGGUGCUGACCGCCGCUCACUGCGUCGGACCGCACAUCGUGUACCCCGAGUCCCUCCGGGUGCAGCUCCGCGAGCAACAUCUCUACUACCACGACCAGCUGCUGCCCGUCAGCCGCAUCAUCCCGCACCCCAACUUCUACUCGGUGCGGCACGGCGCGGACAUCGCGCUGCUGGAGCUGCAGGAGCCCGUGAACAUCUCCAGCAGGGUCCAGCUCGUCUCCCUGCCCCCCGCCUCGGAGGCCUUCCCCACGGGGACGCCGUGCUGGGUGACCGGCUGGGGCUACGUGGGCAGCGGCGAGUCCCUGCCCCCGCCCUUCCCGCUAAAGCAGGUGAAGGUGCCCAUCGUGGACAACGGCGAGUGUGACUCGCAGUAUCACAUGGGCGUCUCCACGGGGGACGACGUCCGCAUCAUCCGCGACGACAUGCUGUGCGCCGGCCGCAGGGGCCGCGACUCCUGCCAGGGCGACUCCGGGGGACCCCUGGUCUGCAAGGUGAACGGCACCUGGCUGCAGGCGGGCGUGGUCAGCUGGGGCGAGGGCUGCGCGCAGCCCAACCGGCCGGGCGUCUACACCCGCGUCACCUUCUACCUGGACUGGAUCCACCGCUACGUCCCCAAGGAGCCCUGAGGGCCCCUCCUGGGUGCCCGUCACCUGCUCCUGCCCGGGAUGGGUCCGCGCCCCCCACCUCUCCCGGCCCUGCCCGAGCCCCCUCCCCGUCCCCUGUGCCCCCCAGGCCCCCUGCCCACGUGGGGAGCACAAACCCUCCCCCACCCUGUCUCAUUAAAGU